AGCUGACCGCUUUGUUUUGCAGGUCAGAAACACAACACUGAGAGGAGAACAAACAGUACACGGUGUGCUGGGCUUUUAUACACACACAAACUGCGUCGGGAACAAAGUCGAGUGUUUUUUAUACAGCGUUCUGCGGUGAAGAGGACACACACACACACACACACACACACACACAGAGGAAUAUGCAUUCAGAAAAGAUGUUUAAACAAAGGAGGACGUUCGAACAGAGAGUGGACGACGUGAGGCAGAUCCGAGAGCAGCAUCCCAACAAAAUCCCGGUGAUCAUUGAGAGGUACAAGGGCGAGAAGCAGCUUCCUGUUCUGGACAAAACCAAGUUUCUGGUUCCUGACCACGUGAACAUGAGCGAACUCAUCAAGAUCAUCAGGAGGCGUCUGCAGCUGAACUCGAACCAGGCCUUCUUCCUUCUGGUAAACGGCCACAGCAUGGUCUCCGUGUCCGCUGCCAUUUCCGAGGUGUACGAGCGUGAAAGGGACGAGGACGGCUUCCUCUACAUGGUCUACGCCUCUCAGGAGACGUUCGGAGCGGCGCAGUAAACCUCCUCGUUGGGUUUCGCUUUCGGACACUGAUACGAUCCCUCGCUCACGUCCUCCUCACUUCCUCCUUCCUCACACAGAAGCAGACGCCAGACACUUCGGGACCGAGACGGACGUCUCUCCCGUCCGUUCGGCCGAGAGCCGAUUUCAGAUUUUCGAUCUGUUUUUCUUCUCAUUGUAAAGGAGACGCUCCUUCUGUUCCUCGACACACUUCAGCUAGCGAUUAGCCUCCGAACCUCGGCUAGGCUACAGACACGUGUGUUUACUGUCAGCUUCAUCGGCCGCUUGCGUCACGGGUCCGAGUCUGUGUCUGAUCAGAUCUGAUUCUUUUUUUUGUUUGUGUUCAUUUUACAGUUUUACGGUAUAGACUUGUUGUGUGUGAGUGUUGUUGCUGAUCUAGUUGUAUAGCGCGAGCUCUGAGGUCAGGUUCAGCUCACCGUCUGUGUGAAGAAGCUUCACGUGGUUUUAUUUAACGUUUGGUUUUUAUUUGUUAUCGCGGCUCUCUGGUUCAAACUGAUCUCUUUACGGUGAUCUGCGUUUGGACGUCAUAUCGCCAUAUUUUACAGAAGAUUCAUCCGUUUUUACUGCUUUCUGAAAAGAGAAGGGAGCAACUGUGAUGAUAAACUACACACACACACACACACACACACACACACACACACACACACGGCUAGACCCGAUCGUUAGAGCUGCAUUGAUCUCGUACUGACGUAUCCUCUUACACAUUUUCACGAUUUAACAGUUCUGUGAUGUUUUCCUGGGCGGAGCCAAGAAGGUGAUGUGGCUUUAGGGGCGGAGCUUAACCCGGAAACUGUAAACAUUUUUUGGUUUAGAUUUAAUUUAAACAGGAAACGAACAGCGAAGUGAAUUUCACAACGUCAGCUUCGAGGUCAGAUUAACGAUCGACCGCUUCGUCAUCAUGACGUCUCACGUUACUGCUGGUUGCCUUGGUUACAGCGAAGCUUCCGGUCUCGGCCUCGUGACUUACACAAUGUCGUCGCCGCCGUACGCCGUUCUGUUACGGAGCAUCGACAUCUUCAGUUUGAGUGACGUUCGUUACGAUACUGUUGAUUUUUUUUACAUUUUAAUUAGUUUUAUCGUAUCGUGUGAUCUGAUGAUCCGUUAGAUCCGUGAUCCAGUUCCAUCGUAUCGUUCAGCCCCGGUAUCAGAUCCCAGCCUCGUCUCGUCCUGCUUCGUCGGAUGCUUCAGAUGACUAAAAAUAAAUCCAUAUGAGGGAAAAACAAUCAUCAUGUCAAAGAUUUAGCAAAAUAAUAAUAAUAAUAAAACAGGAGAAGCAGAUAAAGGAAAAGGAGUCGGUUUGUGUUUGGAACACAGCCGACAUCAUCGCGUUUCUUCUUGCACGCUUUUUAGACUUUUAUUAGAGCUUUAUUUACCUUUACAGAUGCAUCCUGUGUGUAUACGUGGCUGUGUGUACACAAGCGUACGACAAAAACACUUUAGAUGCCUUUUAUCUUGUACAUUUAACCUGAAUGUUUUUAUUUAAAAGAAAUGUUUCCUUGUUAAAAAAAAAAAAAAAAGUUCAUAUGCUGCUGUACUUCUGUGUAAGGAACAAAAACGAAAUAAACAGCUAUUUCUUUGAA